AUGGAUGAUACAUUUACAGAUAAUCUUUUUUCGUUAAAAAAUGAAGAAUUCUAUACAUUUAUUCAACAAUUAGUUGGACAACAAAUAGUAGAUGUCUUGAAAUUUCAAUCAAUAACACCUACACAAUCUUUAAUUCGAAAUCCAGAUAUAUUUGAAAUAUUUAAUAUGAAAUGUUCAGAGCCUAGUUUCUUAUUAAUUAGAGAAAAAUCAUGUUUGCAGCUCGAUGAUGGUCAAUUUAUUGUAAAAAUUGGAUUAAUAAAUAAUAUAAAUUAUUUACUUGAUUUCUUAAAACAACGGCAACAAAAAAAAAUAAUAGAAGGUAGUUAUGCUGAUGCAAAUCCUAGUUUAUCUUUUGAUUUUAUUAACAAACAUCCAUUGUUAAAGAACUUGGUUCUUUAUUAUCAACGAAUUGAUAAUGAUAAUAAUAAUAAUGAAGAUAAAUAUUGUUUUUUAAAAGAGUUUAUUGAUACAAUAACUAGCAAUUUAACAAAGUCUGGGACUGGUUUUCGAUAUAGCGACCAAAUCAAGAACUUUGCUUUAUCAUUAUAUAUACUAGGUGGAAAAUUAACAUAUGAAUUCAUUCGAUUAAAUUUGCCAGGCUCUCUACCGAAUUUAACUAUGUUAAAUAAAUUAAUUUCCAAGUCAGAUUCAAAAAUUAAUGAAGGAGAAUUACGAUUUGAUCAACUUCAAAAACAUUUUGAUCAACUUAAUAUUCAAUAUGCAUUCGGCUCUGAAGAUGCUACCGGUAUAAUUAAAAAAAUAAAAUAUGACUCAACAACAAAUACAUUCAAUGGGUUUUCUACACCACUUGAUUGUGGAGUACCGAUUAAAGAAUAUUAUCAAACUGAUUCAUUUGAUACAUUGAGAAUCUGGUUUAAUUCAAUUGAAAAAGCAUCAUUACUCAAUGUACAUAUGGUUCAGCCUAUUCCAGCUUCAAAUCAAAGUAUUAUUCCAAGUCCUUUUCUACUAUCAGCAUAUGGAAUUGAUAAUACCGCUACAGCAAAUGAUAUAUUACAAAGAUGGUGGUAUAUAUUCAACCAGUGUUUACAAAGAAAUAUAAGAAUUAUUGGUUUUUCUACUGAUGCUGAUGCUAAAUAUGUACGCGCUAUGAGAUUAAUGAGUGGUUUUUUCGGAUCUCUCCCUAAUUUUCAAGUUCAUCGACAUCCACAAGCUUUUGAAAUAAAAACAACAUCACAUUGGCCUUGGUUUUAUUUACGUGAACAACAGGUUUUAUUAUUUUUUCAAGACGCAACACAUUUGGUAACCAAAUGGCGUAAUCGUUUAUUAUCACCAACAGCCGAAUUACACCUUGGUAAUCAAUUUAUAUCGAUUAACCAUUUACAUGAUAUUAUCAAUAGUGACAUUUAUACUAAACUUGAUCAUGGAUUAACAAAAUCUGACAUUAAUCCUAAGGAUCGUCAAAACUUUAGUUCCUGUUUAAAAUUAACAUCUACUGAUCUAUUCAAAAUUUUAAAUGAUAAUGUUAAUACUCGAGGAACAUUAAUUUAUCUUCAGAUGUUAAAAAUGAUUGUAGUGGCCUACGUUGAGAAAAAAACAACUAUUGCUGAACUUAAUAAUUUGGCCUUUCCAGUUCAUCACAAACAUCAAAAUGAUCGACAAUCAUCAUGUACAGAAAGUCAAAAUGAGAUUGAUCAAAUAGAUAUUGAACAAAUUAUUACCAAGGCGUACCAUGAAGCUAUUGAUAUGCUCGAUGGCUUAGAAAUAUUAAAUGUGCUGAAAAACAAACGUGUUCUCGAUUUAAAAUUAUUAAGUGAAUAUGUAUUUAAACAAUUAAAUUCUAAUUCAAAGAUGUAUGACUAUUCAUCUCAACGAAGUAAUAUGGAUGAUGGUGAAUUUGAAAUAGAUGAUGAUGAUGAUGAUGAUAAUGAAACAACAGAUGAUCUUAACAUGGAUGAUGAUAAUAAUGACAGUUUUUCCUCGAAUGCUGAUUACACUGCUGAAGACGAACAAGAAGAUACUGAUAAUUCAAUAAAUACCACAAAAAAUGAGUUUGCUGGAAUAAAGAUCUGCAGUAAGGUUGAAUCUGACACAGAACAUUGUUAUUUUAAAGUUACAAUUAAUGAUGAUACAAAAUAUUUACAUAAACAAACUGCUUGUUGGUUAUUAACUGAAGAAAAAAGUAAACUAUCAAACGACCGGCUACUUCGAGUACAACAGGCUAAUAAAAAUAAAUAA